AGUGAGAGGCAGAGCACAAACAGGUGGAUCUCGAUCAGGUAAAGCUGCACCUUCUGUGCACUACCGACCUGAUGGCUAAACUUCACUCUAGCAUACUCUACGCUUAGGACAGAUCUUUGAACAGAACCAGGAUUUUCACAGAAUAAGCCAUUCUUGGGGAUGAUCACACACCAGGAGGCAUGAAGGCGCCACGCACUCUAAGCUGCCCUCUAAUUUAGGAUCCUUUUACCUGGACUGAUGAGCUUCACUGCUGUGCUGAAAGUGUACCAGCUUGUGCACAGUUAGCACUAACUCCAGAGGAGGAUGACAUCUCUGCUCAACAGACUCUCACUGGGUCUCCUUGUGCUCCAGGUCUUAGUGACGGGAAUACAGGGAGAGCCAGAGGUCAUUCCAUCAAAACAUCUCCUACAGUCGUUGGAGGAGGCUGAGACGGUCCUGCCCUGCCUCUACCAGCCGAGCACAGACAAAGUGGUGCAGGUCACCUGGUAUAAGGUCAGCCCUGCUAAGCCUAAGGAGCAGAUAAUCGUUGCAAACAAUGCCGAUGGCCAUUUGGCGUUCGGGACGUGGAGCGGCCGUGUGCGCUUUAAAAGCAGUGAACCCACAGUGGACUCGACUCUGGUUAUAAUCAGCACAAAGGUCUCGGAUGAGGGCGUCUACAUUUGUCACAUCAGUACCUUCCCAUCUGGCAACUUUGAAAGAGAGAUAUCUCUCACCGUGUGGACUACUCCCAUUACCUCCUUGGAUGCUGUGGUUGUAAAGGAGGGUGAGCCCUACAAACUGGUGGCCUCCUGUCGCUCUGUAGCACGCCCACCUCCUCAGCUCUCCUGGGACACCGAGCUGAAUGGUCAGUCUAUCAAUCGGACCUCAGACAAUGGUGCUGUCAACACACACUACUUUCUGCACCCUCUGAGGAGUAUGAAUGGAAAGAGGCUGGACUGCCUGGUGUGGCAUCCAGUUUUCCAAACCCCACGGAGGCUCAAGAACCUUCUGGUGGUGCACUUUCCUCCACAUGCUGAAGUGUCUGGCUUCAAUGAAGAUUGGCAUGUUGGUAUGGAGAAUACUGCCCUGAGGUGCAUACAUGGAGGAAAUCCUGAACCAACCCUCACUUGGACCAGAUUAGGUGGAGUCCUGCCUAAAGGUGCAGUUCCCCACACUGAUGGAAGACUUGUCUUUGAACAACCCCUAAACUCCUCAGACGCUGGCACCUAUCAGUGCGCGGUAAAGAACACAGAGGGUGAAGCCAAGGCGAAGGUGCAGAUAACUUUAGGAGAGUCUCCUGAUCCCAGGAACAACCCUAAUAACAUGAUGAUGGUCCUCGUGGGGGCCGUGGGUGGUGGAGUGCUGAUAAUUAUGCUCAUUGUUGUCAUCAUACUCAUUUGUCACCACAGACGCAAGAACAAGAAAUUGAAAAAGGAGCUGACUUUGAAAAAGGAGGAAAUAAACACUCUAUCCAGACAAGCUUCGUUUAGGAGAGUGAACUCUGUCAGCAUUGAUACCAGAGAGGUGCUACUAAUUGAGGAAAGCAUCCCUCUCAGGGUGGAGGGAACCCUGAGGAACAGCCUGUCUUCCCUCAAGGAGCAAGCCCGUUGUCGUGACAGCAGAUCAACUGUCUCAGGUGGGCGUGGAGGUCCUGCAUAUGACUCUCUGGGCAGACCGUCCAUCUGCAACACCUCCCGGAGGGGGAGGGACAGGAAUAUGGAUCAGGACGACGAAACCUGGCGUAGAGUAGAGCAGUAUGUGAGAAACAACAGCAUGUCCUUGGACACUCAUUUGCUUCCACCGCUCACGAAGACACCACUUCCUGUGGCACGCUCAACUGAGGUUAUAAGGCAGAUGAACGGCAAUGCCGUCAUCCAAACACAUGGGGGUUCAUAUCCAGGGAAUGCCAUCAAGAGCAACCAGCACCCCCUUGUGAGCUGCACCUACCCACAUGUUACAUAUGACGAGGAUGAGAUUGACGAAGGUCUGGGGGGUCCUGCCAGUCAGGAGCAUCCUGAUGAUCAGGACAGUGAGGCCUCCAGCUCGAACUUCUCAAAGAACAGGAUAAGCCCUCAGUCUCACAAUCCCCACACUUCCUGCGUCCACAAGGCCCAGAUAGUUUAGCAGGUGGCUGUGGGACAUCAGGUGAAACUACAGAAGUGGACAGCUGUGCUUUUUGACAUUUCUAAGUCACCCAGAAAAACAUCUUUUACUUUCUGCUCAGGAUGGAAACAGACUUCACUUAAGAAGAUAAAAAUACAGCACCCCUGAUUUCUACAUGUGGUUUGGAGAUCAGGCACAUUACAAACAGACGGAAACAUUACUAAAUUCCCAUUUGUUGCAGCUGCCGCGACUUUUGUAAUGACCUGUUAUUUUAACUGGCUUCAGCUGACAGGUGAACACAGCUGAGAAACCUUGGGCGUAUACACCUGAAUCAUCUCAUUCCAGUGGAAACCAGGAAACGCGGGAGGAGCAACAAAAAAAAAAGAGCUGUGGGAAAGUAUGUAAAGACUCGAUUGCAACAUCACCACAGCGAGGACGUAUUGUUGAGCAGGUGGUAUUCAAUGGAAGAGUAACUGUGCAUGUGUCAAGUUUGCUUACACACAACCGUUUGGGACCUGAUCCAGAACUUUUGCGUCUCUGACUAUGCCUGAAACAUGCAUACCUCUGUAUUGUCUUCGAGUCUCUCUGUCUUCUCCUCAGGCAUUUAAACAGGAACAUUUUUUUCUACUAUAAUCUUCUGUGGAUACGGACAGAUUUAUGUGCAUAAGACAUUCUUUUAUUGAAAUUACAUUUUUAUUCCAAACGUUUCUACAUGCAAGUUUGGAUGUGUCCCAUAUCCUUACAAACGUAAAAUCUCUCUACAUUAUGCUUUUUCAUUCAAGGAUACUGUGAAUAGAAGUUCAGUAUUCCCAACUUCUACAUGUUUUUAAUGAAAGUUCAAAUUGUACAUACUGAAAGCAUAAAAGCACACAAAACACAGUCAGCCAGGUCAAAUUGCUCCUUUGCCAGUUCCUAACCUAAUUUCUACCCACACAUUGCCUUUUGUUUACAUCCCUUGGAGUAUAAAGUCAUAAACAUGCUUGAAUCGCACUUAUAAUUUAAUUCAGUUAUCAGCUGUCAAAGCGGGUAACGUCCCCCUGGUGGGUACUAAUUGACGCUUGGUACUGGAAAAAACAGUGGGCAUUAAAUAGCCAAAACUACAGCACAAUACUGAGAAAGGAUCAGUGCCCAAUAAAGUAUGGAACAUCGAUGCUGAGUUGCCUAUUGCAUGUAUAUGGAGGUAUACUCUGGACAAAAGCUGGAAAGGCUUGAAACUGAAUAUAAACAUGGACAUUUCCAUCUACAAACUGUUCAUACUUGAGAAUUAUUUGCCACUGUGGAUAUUUCAGUACCAGCAACAGAAGAAAGAUGUGAUGUUGUCUAUGACAUUUUGAUACUAUGGCAGAACCAAGCAUGUAUUUCUCUUUUUUAUUAUCUGUGGACUGUUGGUUUUGUUAUUGGCUUCCGAUAUAUUUUAAGUACUGUUGGGUUCUGUUACUACCCUCAUAGGGGUGUGCCAAAGGGAAUAUAAAAUGUGUUUUGCCUUUUUGUUUUUGGAAUUAAAGGUAUUAUUUUGUUCCAUGUUACACAACCUUCCUGCUGCAGAUAUGGCUGUUUCCAAGGCAGUAAUCAGAUACUCCCUGGUUUGAAAUCUUUUGGUAGAAUGUUUGAGCAGUUUGUGACAAACAAAGGGGCCUCAAAGGCGUGAGCCGUUGAACGGCUUGCAAUUGAUUCAUUGAGGAAAAGCUCCCCCUGCUGUGCACAGCUUGGAAUUGCAGGUGGCUUGUAAAGUUCACUGAACUAUGGAUUAUUUUUUAUUCCAAAUAUCCUUGUGAUCCAGAUGAUGUCUGGAUUUUCAUUUUCCCCCUGGAGGGUUGUAUGGGGAUUAAGCAUAAGUAUGGGAAGGUAAAAUUCAAUGUGCAUGGUCACAGCCAAUUACCCAAGGGAUUUUUUUUAUACUUUGUACAUUUGAAACACUUCAUUGAAGGUCAAAGUUCAAAUAAAUUCUCUAUCAACAUAUA